AUGCUUGCUUUGGACGUUUUAUCGGUGCUUGUUUUAGCUGUUGGUGCAGUUUCCUUUACUGUACCAGGAUAUAGCUCACUUCAACGUCAGAUCUUAUCCAAAAAAUCAGACACUGUCCUGCCUUUGGAUAUCUAUGUCAAUUUGCCUUUAAAUGAAACUGAUUUCAUCAAUUAUCAUAUUCAAAAAUUGAAAAACUUUAAUGGUACAAAGUGUGAGCUAUGCAAGUAUAAAAUGAGAUAUGCUAAGCAAAUGGUUGAAGACUAUCCUGAACAAGAACAUCUUGUUACCUUGAUGUUAUUCCAAGAUUGUUUGAACAGAAAGAACAUUUAUAGAUGUGAUGCUAGAGAAUUCUUUGUUACUACUAAAUCGGAAAAUUUCGAAUCAUUUAAUGAAGAUUCCGAUUCAGGUAUAACUUCUGGUAGAAGUGUCAAUUUUUUCGAUAACGAUUUCUUGCAAGUUAUCAAAAGGUUCAAUGUUUCCAGCGAUUUGGACUUGGAAUACUUUUGUUCUCUUGCCAGUAGCGUGGGACUGUGUAGGUUGCCAAAGACUCCAAACGUUGAGGAAAUUUUUGAUAUGCAAAGUUGGUGGCCAGCAAAGAAACCAGAGUACUAUCAACAACCAGAAUACAAAAACAACAGCGAAAGAUUCAAUGUUGUUCACAUUACUGACUUCCAUAUCCAACCAAGGUACACGUUUGGUUCAGAAUCCAACUGUUCCUCUUACCCAUGUUGUCUUCCAGAAUCAUACAAUAAAGAGUUGCCAGGAAUAGACUACAACUUCACCACCUAUUAUAAAAACCUUAACCCAUCUCUUGAAACUUUUGAUUUUUCCUUUUACCCAGAUGCUAGGUAUGACGAGAACAACACAUAUAUCAAAGGAGACUACUAUGAUCUCCCAAAGUAUCGUGGCUACAAUUACAACAAUGCUCCAGCAACUCCUUUCGGAGGUUAUCUUUCUGACAGUCCAGAAUUAUUGAUGAACAGUUCCUUGGUUGAAGUUGCCAAAUUACAUGCAAAGAAAAAUUUCGAGUUGGUUUUGUUCACUGGUGACUUGGUCGAUCACGAUACUGCUCAUUGUACUCCAAAUGUUACCAAGGAAGCUGAAGUAAAGUCUUUCAACUUGAUGAAAAAGUUCUUGAACAAUAUUCCAAUUAUGCCAUCCUUGGGUAACCAUGAUACCUUCCCAUAUGCUCAAAUGGCACCACAUCAAUUUCAAACUAAAAACCAUUCCUAUGACUACAAUAUUGAUGAUAUGGUUAAUUUAUGGAUUAAUAAUGAAUGGUUUGAUGAAAAAGAUGCCAACGAUUUAAAGAAACAUUACACAGGGUUCUCGUAUGUGACCAACCGUGGAUUGAAAAUCAUUGCUUUGAACUCAAACACAUAUUACAGAUCCAAUUUAUGGGCAUAUAUUGAUCAUACUACCAAUGCUGAUUUAUUCGGAAAUUGGAAGUUCCUCGUUGACGAAUUAGUGGAUGCUGAAUCAAAAGGACAAAGAGUUUGGAUCAUGGCUCACGUUCCUCCAAACCACAAUGAUGUCUUGCCAGUUCACUCAAGAAUCUUUGGUAAAAUCGUUGAAAGAUUCUCUCCAUAUACUAUUGCAAGUUUGUUCUAUGGCCACACCCAUGAAGAUCAAUUCACAAUCCUUUACACGAGCAAUGUAACUGCUGCUAAUGCCGUUGCCAAUGAUGUCCUCAAUAUGGCAUGGGUCGCUCAAUCUGUGACACCAUUCGUUGCCUAUAAUCCAUCAUGGAAAUGGUACGAAGUUGAAAACGAAAGUUUCAACAUCAUCAACGCCUACAAUUACUAUGCUCAAUUGAAUGUCACUUUUGUUAAUGAUGGUGAAGAGCCUGAAUGGGAGGUGGAAUAUAGUACAAGAGACGUUUAUGAUCCAGAACACACAUGGCCCGAGGAUGCGCCAUUGAAUGGUACUUUCUGGCAUAAAUAUGUUGCUCAACGUUUAUGGAACACGAGCGAUGUAGAGUUUAGUCAGACAUUCACUAAUUUUAGAUACAGAUUGAGUCCAUAUACUCCAAACUGUACCAAUGAAGAUGGUACUUUAAGCGAUCUGUGCUUUACUGCAAACAAUUGUUUUGUCAACUUCUACGCUGACGACCAAAGGAGAUGUCAAAAAUGA